AUGGUGGCUCGGACGAGUUGUGGAGCGCUCAUUGAUGAAAUCAGGAUUACUGAUCUGGAUUUUGAUGAUGAUAUUGUUAUUCUUGCUGAGUCUCUGGAUGUCUUAAGGAGUGCCCUUCUUUCACUAAGUGAGAAGGCCGAACCACUUGGCCUUAAAAUUUCUUGGGUCAAGAUAAAAGUUCAGUCUUUCGUUGGCUUCUUGAGGGAUUCCAUCUCGUCUGCCUCCGUUGCAAUUGAGAAUGUUGAAGUUGUUGAUCACUUCACUUAUCUCAACAACAUGAUCCAUAGCAGUAUUAGCUGCGAGUUCGAAGUCCUGAAAAGACUUGGGAGUGCUGAUGUAGUUGUGAAAUCACUGAAUAAAGAUGUUUAG